CGGACGGUUAUCACAGACGGACCGUGCAGGUUCCAUGACGGACAGCAGUUAACAACAACACUGAGGUAAAGAGAUAAUUUAACCUUACUACACAGGUAAUGCAGACCGGUUUGACGGGUAAAUGAGUGUGAUAUUAAACACAGACAGACAGCCGAGCGUUAAUGUGAACGAUACGAGAGAAACAGACAGCAGCUUCAUCCUGCUCAGAUUAUUAUUGAACACUGAUCCUAACAAACGAACCCACUCUGUGUGUCAAAUGAACAAACUCUAUUUGAACUCAUCACUGUCACACUGUGUGUGUAUGUGUGUGUGCGCGUAAGUGUUCAUAUUAAAACAUGUUAACAUCAGGAAUAAUCUCAACAAGCGUGUAAUGUGUUUCAACAGAGACGCCGCUUUUCCUCACAGUAAUGCAGGAGAAAAUGGAUAGCAGAUUAAACCAAGAGUGUAAUUUAGUUCUGUUAUUAUCAGGAAUACAGCUGAGAUUAAGGCGUGUCUGUACAGGGGCAGACUGCAGUUUAAUUCACUUUAACUCAAUCAGCAUGAAAGUCAGAACAUCAUCAAUAUAACACAUUUAACAACCUACAACAUCAUGAACUUCUGCUAUAUUUAAUAAUAUAAUCAUAUCAUUAGCGCCUUUUGAAAUAAGACCAGUCAAGUUCGUUUUUAUAGAAUAAAUGAAACACAAUUAACAAGAAAAAGGCAGAAUCUGUAAUAAAAAUGCUUAAUAUUUAACGGCUAUUACAUCUAUGUCAAUCAAUCAAUCAAUCAAAUUUUAUUUAUAUAGCGCCAAUUCACAACAGUCGUCAUCCCAAAACGCUUUUCAGAGAACAAAAGCAGGUCUAGACCACGGUCAUUGUUUGUUGAAUUAUUAAGACCCAACCUAAGAUGGGAUUUGGCCCAUCUCAUCUAACAUAAGUGAAAGUGGCAAGAAAAAACUUCCUUUUAACAGGCAGAAACCUUGGGGAGGACCAGACUCAUGCCAGACAGCCACCAAGCCACUGCUGGGUUGGGGAGGAAUGUAGAGGGAUAGGGGGAGAGAGAGAGAGAGAGAGAAGUGAAGAGAGAGCAGGGGGAGCGAAAGAGAACAAGAUAGAGGAAAGGAGAGAGAGAAUGAGUAAGGGAGAGGGAGGGAGGGAGAGACAGGGGACAGCAGCAACAUUAAAACAACAGCAACAACAAAAUGUGAGAAAUGUGUUUCUCCUCAGUUAAAAAAAGACAAAAGUCCUCAGACCUGUUCUUUUUUUUAUCUCUAUAUUUUUGCCAGUAAAUCUGGUGGUAGCUUUUAGCUGUAUCCACUUCAUCUUGCUACAUCAGUGUGGAUUCAACACAUUAAUAUUAUUAAACUAGAAUUACUUUUAUAGUCAAAAUUGUCACAAACUUUUUAUCAUUAUUGUUGCAGAAAUUGUUAUUUUAGCAAUCAUUAUUAUAACAUUGUUUCCUUUACACACAUUAUUUUUACUAGACAUUAUUAUUAUUAUUAUUAUUACAUAUCAUAAUUAUUAUACACUUAGAGGGAGUGUGAGCAGAGUCCCAGACAGCAAAGGUGUGUCACUGUGUCUCCAUGUCAUCUUCUCUCAUCUCUGUCUGUACAUCCUUCACUCCUUUCCAGUCUCUCUCACCUGCGAUUCGAGAGGAGAUGAGUUCACAGCACAGUCUGACAAAUAAUGGCUUAUCAUAAUCAAACUACGCUUGAAUUAUAAUAUAGUUUAUCUACUGUUGUUUGAUUAUAAUCCAGAUUAACUGCAGCAAAAUCAAAGUUAGGAAAAAUUACUGUAAAAUUCCAGUCCAGAUUAACUACAAGAAGAUUGUAACAGUAAUAAAUUACAGUGAGAUGCUAAUCAUGAUUAACUAUAGUAAGAGAAACUCCAGAUUAAUAAGAGUUAUAUUGUUAUCAAGUUCAACAACAGUCAGGUUAUAAUCUAGUACUAUAAUAUAGCCUAUAAUAAUAUAAUAAUAGCCUCAGUAAAAUUUCAGUCCAUACUAUCCAUAGUUCAGUUAUACUCUGGAUUAAUUUAGUAAAAUCAAAAUUCAGGAUAACUGCAGUUAGUUUAUAAUCCAGGUCAUGUUAAAUUCAUUACUCAUUUUAACCACCUUUAGAUUAUAUUGUAUACAAAAAUCUGUUUUAGAUUAACCAAAAUUUUACCAUAAUCCAGAUUACUGAGAUUGUUAUCUGAAAACUAAUACAGUAUUAUCAGAUAGAGAGACAUCUCAAAUAGACCAGCUUGUGUCUCCAGGACAUCCUGUCAGGACAGACUUUUUUCUCUUUUCUCUGUCAUCCAGUUGAUGUUGGACUCUCUGUCCGCCAUGAUGUCCCACGGUUUUAAGAGCAGUAAGCAGGAUUUCACCUUUGGACCCUGGAAAGUGACAGCAGCCAGGAACCACAUCAUGAAGUCCAAAGACAUUGAAAGGUGAGAAGGUCUAAGCUGCACUUAGACAAAGCAGUAAGCACAGUGGGGUGUGAUCAGUGAAUAUCUAAGACCAUGUUGUUUUGUCUGUGUGCGCUGCAGGUUAGCAGAGGAGAUGAACAUGCCCUCCCUGCCUGAGAUGUUGUUUGGUGAUAACGUCCUUCGAAUCCACCACGCAGACGGCUACGGAAUCGAGUUCAACGCCAUUGAUGCACUGAAGAGAGUCAACAACAUGGAGGAUGCUGUGAAGGUGGCGUGUGCACAGGAGUGGCAGGAGGGCAGGUAAGACACGCCCCUCACUGAGUGACAGCAGGAAGGAGUUAACUCUCGACCUGCAGCAGGAACACAGUGAGAGGGUCAAAUCUGUAAAAACUAAAGCAGCUGAACAACUACUGCAAGAGAUACACACACACACACACACACACACACACACACAGUGAGAGCAGCUCAUAGAAAUGAUAAGGGGUUGUUUUCAUGGUGCAUAAUACAUGUAUGUGUGGUUCCAUGUCUGCAGAGCGGACUCUGAACACUCCAAAGAGGUGGUGCGGCCGUAUGACUGGACCUACACCACAGACUACAGAGGCACUCUGAUAGGAGAGGAUCUGCAGAUGGAGGUGGGUCUCUUUCAUUUGCCUCAGACACAUCACUCUUUUUGGUGCAUACAGGGUUCAUGUUUCUAUGUGUCUCUCCUUCCUCUGCAGGUGGUAAAGACGUCAGAGCGGAUCGACCUGGAGAAGCUGAAGGCUCGGGAACAGAUUAUGUUCUUUGACGAAGUUCUGCUGUUUGAAGACGAGCUACAUGACCAUGGAGUAUCGAUGAUCAGUGUUAAAAUUGUGAGUGAUUACAAGCUGAUCAUCACACUAAGGAUCACUGUGUUAAAACUUUAACCUUGAGAAGUAACAUUAAAGCAGCAAUUACAGGUCUGGUUUGAUGCUGCGCAGUAUGGCACAUGACCAUGCAUGUUUUUUUUUUGCACUCUUAUUGUGAAAAUCUGGAAAAGGUCUCCAUAUAACUGACUUGUUCUUUUCUACUUUUCUGACCCCCUUCUGUUGGGGUACAAAGUGUACUGAUCUGAUUCUAAACCCCAAUGAUUGAGAAAGAGGAGGGGGAGGAGAGACUGUAGAGACAUAUUUUUCCUUACCUGGUCUUAUUUGUUUAAUAAACGUAGCUGUUUAAUGUUUGAAUGGAGUAUAGGUUUAUUAUUCUUAUCAGGAAAUGCUGCUUUCAGCUGUUUGAAUUUUUAUAAUCAGAAAAAUUGGUUAAGGGGCACUUGUAAUGCUGUUACUCUGAAAAGGCUUAUCUUUUAAACUAAAUGCCACAAAUCAAGCUUUUCAGAAGAUGUCCUGCAGCUAAAAGCUUCCCAUGUGAAGCACCAGUGCAGAGUACAGUCUGCUGUGAAAAAAACAAGCAUAAUCAGAGUAAACCAUAGUUAACUGUACCAAACUGUAUUUAACUAAACUGGACUCUGGUUGGAAAACCUCAAAUCCUCGCCUCAUCUGUUAACACCCUGCAUAUUUGCUGGAUGCACUCUCUUGUGUGCCCUCAAGGUACCUCAGGUAUCCUCCAUUAUCACACACAGUGCAGCCAAGCACAAAUUUAACUCCAGUCUCAGUGUGCAUAAACAAAACAAUGAAAAAAGCUGCUGUGUCCUCCUCCGUCCAUGGCAAAAUUCCGUCCCUCAUAUGUUUGGAUAGUUACUAAUGAGUGUGUGUAUCUUUGCUCACAGAGGGUGAUGCCCACCAGCUUCUUCCUGUUGCAGCGUUUCUUCCUGCGAGUGGACGGAGUUCUGAUCAGAAUCAACGAUACUCGGCUCUACCAUGAGGUCAGCUGCAGGCUUUGUGAUCAACACUGUUACAGUUUAACCUUCAUUAUAUUACACAAUGUGGUAUUUAUCAGGUCAUACAGUGUGAUAUGUGUUUUAAUACAAUAUGGAAUAUUUAAUAUUAUUCCCAGUAAAGUAUGAGUAAUGGCAUAAGCUGACUGUGAUAAAUGAGGUAAGUGUGUGUGUGUGUGUUUUCAGGCUGGAAAGAGCUACAUGCUGAGAGAGUUCAGCACGAGGGAGAGCAAGAUCACAGAGCUGAAGGUGAGAUCACAUUACAUCUACUAUAAGCCACAGUGUACCUGCGCAGGUAUGUUCAGGAACUGUGAUAUAAACUGAGAAAAGGGGGUAUCAGGUCUAUAUACACCUACAGUUAUGUGAACAUAAAGCACCUUUCUCUCUGACACACACUGAGCAUGUGUUCAAACAUCAGUGAAACCUUCCUCCCCAGGUUUUCAGGUGAUGUGUGUGUUUGAUUGCCUGUUUACGUCAUAGCCACGGUAACACACCUGACCUUCCCUCCCUUUCUCCUACAGAACGUCCCGGCGGCAUUGUUCACUGAUCCUAAUGAGAUCGCUCAGCAUCUAACCCUGAAACUGACCGAGUGUGAGCGUCUGGAGCUUCCUCUCCCUCACUCAGCUGCUGAUGAUGAAGAGCUUCAGUGAGCUGAUGAGCUGCAUGAUGAAGAAACACACACAUACACACACCUGUGUACAGUUCAGUUUUAUAUGUAAACCCUCGACCGUGUGUUUCAUUAGACUGUAACAACAUCACCAUCCCUGGCCCCAGUAACUCUUUAAACUCUUUUAUUGAAUAAUUUCACCUGCAGAUGACCUCUGUUUGACCUAAAGCUCUGUAGGAUGCUACCAUGUUUGUAUCAUUAGUUUAUUAAUAAUAUGUUUGUAAAAAAUCACUGUUAAUAUUUGAAGUCAGUCAUCAGUGUGUCUGUAAAUAUGUCUCCUGUAUUUUCUACAGUAAGUCAAACUGCUUCAGAAUCUGUGAAAUGUUAUUAAAACAGCCAAAUAAAGUCAGUUUGUGCAUAAUACAGAAGCUUUGUUUAUUGUCUUCA